AUGGACGAACACGACUUCUUUAGGCAAACAGUUCAACAUCUUGCCCGAUGCUUGUCCUGCUUGAAUCCGACACCAUGGGAAAAGGUGAAUACAUUAUUUAUGUUGUGCCCACAAGCAAGCUCCUCCCUGUCUGUCACCUCGCGCAGUCAAGAAGCAAUUAUAGCCUUGGGCUUAUAUUUUCUACAGAGUGGUUUGCAGCAUCAUGAUAAAUUGCUCCCAUACUUUCUGAAAGUGUUAAAAUGCCUUUCUAAUGCAGAGUUUGAGGAACCCUUAUACAGAAUUAAGUCUGUUGACCGUAUACCAAUGGCGGAAAAAUUUAGUUUCUGCCUUAACACAUUACUUUCUGAUGUUGCUUCAAAACGGCCGUCACUGCGCGAGGAGAUUAUCACAGCGCAAAUAGAGUUAAUGUCCAACCUGACAAAAAUUAUUAUGAGUUGCCAUGAAAGCAAAGAUUAUAAAGAUACAAUAUCAAAAUUACAACUCUGCAAGAGUACCAUACCAAUAUUAAUCGGCUUGGCGCGUUCUAUGGGGCGAUAUGCGACAGUCGAUCCUCCAUUACUUUGUCGCCUGUUUCCUCAGCCGCCAAGUCCAGUGAAAGCGAAAGAACCUGAACCAACUUUCGAGUAUUCCACAUUGGACAAAAAGAGGAAGUUUAACCAGUUUCGUUCAAUUAUACCACGGUCCCUAUCGGGGAAUUUGAAUCCAAACAAUGAGAACAUGGAGAAUGGUACUGACGCAACCGACAGCUCAGGUGGAACACUGAAGAGAUCCUCUCUUCAUAGCUAUAGCUCCGUGCCAUACGAUCCUACUACUUAUUUCUUUAACAAGUUUGGAUCGAGUUUCAAUCAAUUUCCAUAUAUGCGUUUCUCUGAAUCCCCAGAAAAGAGAAUUAAUGUACAAUUCUAUGUAACUUAUCUGCAGUGUAUUUUGUCUCUGGCGAAGAAACUGCUGACCAAAGAUCUCCUGGCGUUUUUAGAUGAAGAGGCCGAAGAUAUUUACGCAUCGGCACAAAUUCAGGUUUUCCCGUACAAAUCUUUUUCAGAAACUCUUAAUUUGGUAAUGGUUACUCUAUUGCGGGAAAUAUUACAACAUCAAAAAGACUUACCAGGUCCAUUUACAAAAGAUGUUCAGGAAUUCGUGAAGUGUUUAUUCCUCAGUGGUCAGACGGAACUGCAAAGCCGUCAUCACGACGCCUCUGAGAAGGAAGAUAGGGAGAGCAAUUUUGCUACAGUGAACAAGUUUAAAGUAAAUGUUAUGGCUAACUCGGCCUGCGUCGACUUGUUAGUUUGGGCUAUUGGUGAUGAAACAGGUGCCGACUCUCUGUGCGGACGCUUAACUGAGAAGAUUAACUCCAAUCAUAACCAUAAAUUGAUAUUAGCUCACAUGCCGUUAUUGAUGGUGUGUCUGGAAGGCCUUGGGAAGUUGGCUACAAAGUUCCCUUCGAUAGCAAACACCUCUAUAUAUUGUCUAAGGGACUUUCUGGUUACUCCUUCGCCCAUACUGUUUAAGCUGCACAAACUGGAAAUGGAGAGAACGGGAAAGGAACAUAUGAAAGUCACGUUACAAGGCAAAGAAUUACAAGGCAUGACAUCUACCGGUGUUCCAGUAAAGUCUACGCCGUUCGAGAAGCUUCGAGACGCGGCGAUAGAGAACCUAUGUGUGGCUUUAGAGGCGGCGUUGACUAUGGACCCAUAUUGUGUGCCAGCCCUCGUUGGUUCCGUUAGUAAUCGACUGUUUACCGCUGAAACCAGUGACAGCGAAUCAUCUCUAAUAAGUACAAAUAUAGUAAUUAUGUUGGGUCACGUCGCUGUAGCGUUGAAAGAUACACCAAAGACUACAGACACCAUACUACAGUUCUUCCAACAAAGAUUAUGUAGGGCGCCGUCGUCUUUAGACACACUGAUUGUAGAUCAGUUGGGGUGUAUGGCUCUAGCUAGUCCCGAAGGAUCGGCGCAUGACGAGAUCAUGCGGAUGUUUACCGUUAUCACCGUUGAGGCAGCAAGUGCCGCUUAUCAUCACACUGAUGAUAGAAAGCAAUAUAGGCACGUAUCGGGCGCGGUGCUGAACGCGCUGGCGAACAUCGCGGCGAACGUUCGCGGCACGAGCGCUCGCCUGGAGCUGCUGACGCGGCUGCUGGAGCUGUUCGUGCAGCUGGGGCUGGGCGGCGAGCGCGCCACCGACCGCUCGCCGGCGCCCGUGCUCAAGGCCUCCUCCAGCGCCGGCAACCUCGGCGUGCUCAUACCCGUCAUCGCGGUUCUUGUCAAAAGAUUACCUCCCAUAAAGAAUCCUAAACCAAGACUACACAAACUGUUCAAAGAUUUUUGGCUUUACUGUGUAGUUAUGGGCUUUACAGCCGCUGAAUCAGGUCUAUGGCCACAGGAGUGGUAUGCGGGUGUGAAAGAAAUAGCUGUCAAGUCACCUUUCCUUGUCUCACAAACGUCAUUACGGUCUGAAAUGAGGGAGCUUCAGUAUACUUCAGCUGUAAGAAACGAUUCGGUAUCGCUCACGGAGUUGCAAGAGCUAAAGACACAGAUACUGAAUCUGCUAGAUCAUCCGCCAGAUGUCACUGUCAUUGUUAAUAAGUUGACAUUCGCCCCGUGCAUGUACUUGCUGAGCGUUUAUUGGUUAGAGACUUUGAGGGUGUGCAACUCUUCGGAGCCAAGCCUGCAGCCGAUUAUAGAGUAUUUGAGUGAUACAGCCCUUCAAAAAGACAAGAGCGGUAUGUGGCAAUGCGUGGCAAGCGUUGGCGACAAAGUAUUCCAGAAGUUUCUAGAUGUAAUGUCAGCCAAAGUAAAGGAUGAAUCAAGGGAGCGCGAGCUCGAGGGCCACGCUCAGUUUCUUCUAGUCAACUUCAAUCACAUCCACAAACAAAUCCGACGCGUUGCCGACAAAUGGCUGGCGGGAUUGGUCGAUCGGUUCCCGCAUCUGUUAUGGAAUUGUCGGGUACUAUGGUCGAUGUUGGACAUACUUCAAGUACUGAGUUUUAGCUUGGAGCUCGACGCUAACCAAGAAACGCCGCUUCUUAAAGUACCUGGUACUGACUUCACCCUCCAGCUUCAGGAUACAUUGGAAGGACGGGAGGGCAUUGUAAAAGAUUUUGCGGAUCGCUGUCACGGAAUAGUCCAAGAGGCAAUGAAGUGGGCGCCACAGUCUACUCGAUCACAUCUCCAAGAAUAUCUCAAUCAGGUGCCGAACUCGACGCUGUGGCACCACUGCGGGCUGGCGCUGGCGACGGGCGCGCUGCUGGGCGCGGCGGGGCUCAACCGCAUGUCGGCGCCGCUGCCGCGCGCCGCGCUCGACAAGCGCCCGCCCUGCGUCACGCACGACUCCGCCGCGCUGCUCGCCGUCGUCUCGCAGCGCAGCCGCUUCGCCGGCGAGGUGUCGGGUGCGGUGUACGCGGAGGGCGGCGGCGAGGCGGCGAUCUGGCGGGUGGGCGCGAAGUUGCACGCGGCGCUGCGGGAGGCAUGCGCGAGCGGGAGCGAGACGGCGCACCGCGCGGCGCUGUGGCGCGCGACCGCACUGCUCGUGCACGCGCGCCACCACACCACCGCGCACGUGCACACCGCGCCCACGGCGCGCGCGCUGCUGCACAGUGUCGCCUGGUCUCAAGUGGAAAUAUUCACGGAGGAUGCGGUUACCACUGCCGUGGAAUGCUGGCAAUGGUUGACUACAGCAAGACCAGAUUUGGAACUGCGACUACUGCAAGAGAUUUUCGCGGCUUGGCAAUGUACCGUCGACAGAAAAAUGGGAUUAUUUUCUAAGCAGCACGAGGAGAUUAGUCCAUUAGCAGCAUAUGAAGGUUAUAAACUAGAGCCAAGGCCUCCGUUCGUGGCCCCUCACGCAGUUUGGGUUCGAUACCUGUGUGAAGUCGCUGACACGGCUAAAUACAACAGCUUGGAGAAAGUAGAAAUGCUGGCAAGUCUACUCCACCGAUCAUUGCCGAUAACUGUUGGGGAUGUGAGGGAUCACAUCAACAGACAUGUUGAUGCAGCUGGCGUCCGCUUUAAACUGUUAUCGUGCGGUCUGUCCCUGCUCCAAGGCGACAUACUGCCCCGCUCACUGGCGCGCAACAUACUCCGCGAGCGCGUGUACAGCGUGUGCUUAGAUUACUUCUGCAGAGGACUGCAGUGUCCCUCCAAAAGUGCCGGUGCCUUGAGAGAGGACAUCAUGUCAUUAAUCAAAUUCUGGCAGCUGAUGCAUUCGGAUAAGAAAUAUUUGAAGAGCAGCGACAUUGGCGAAUUCGAUAACCAUCCGAGCAGCCAACAGAGUAUCUACACUUCCAAUUCUCCAACUGACAAUCGUUCCUCGAUGAACAGUAGCGAUAUUGGCAGUCGUCAGACAACUGGAUGGAUCAAUACGGUACCAAUGUCAACAACAACGCUCAGCAGCGGAGCGGGAAGUAUAGCGGGCAAGCGUUCUAACCGCAGCGUCAAACCGCUCAUCAAGCCACAGGACACGUUCGUCAAGGAUUACGUCAGGAAGAGAAAUUUGAUUUUGGAAUUGAUGGCGGUGGAGAUCGAGCUGCUGGUGACGUGGCACAACCCGCACGCGCGGCCCGAGCUGGCGCUGGCGGGCGAGGACAACAUCGCCACGUGGCGCUGCAAGCCCAACACCGAGCGCACGUGGCGCGACUACGCCAAGCACGCCUGGGACGUCAGCCCCGCGCUCGCCGUCUUCAUGCCGGAGAGGUUGAAAAAUGAAGCAAUAAUAAAAGAAAUAAGAAAAAAGGUGCAAGCGCAGCCGACAGCAGUGUGCCACAUCCCGCAGGCGCUCAAGUACUUAGUCACUACUGAGACGUUGCUCAACGACGCGCAUGAGCUGGUGCACAUCCUGACGUGGGCGCGCGUGAGUCCGGUGGAGGCGCUGUCGUACUUCAGCCGGCAGUACCCGCCGCACCCGCUGUCCGCGCAGGCCGCCGUCACCACCUUGACUUCCUACCCUUCGUCUGCCGUGCUGCUUUACAUUCCACAGCUGGUACAGGCUCUGCGUCACGAUACGAUGGGCUAUGUAUCAGAGUUGAUAAAAUCCUUAGCGAAGAAAUCACAGGUGGUCGCCCACCAGCUGAUAUGGAACAUGCACACCAACAUGUACACGGAUGAGGAAAUGCAUCAUAAGGAUCCUGUAUUAUACGAUAUCCUCGAAAGCCUAACGAAGAGUAUUGUAGAUUCGCUCUCUGGUCCAGCAAAAGCUUUCUAUGAGAGGGAGUUUGAUUUCUUCAGUCAAAUAACGAACAUCAGCGGAAUUAUCCGACCGUACCCGAAGGGACCCGAACGCAAGCGAGCUUGUUUGGAUGCGCUUAAAAAUGUUAAAGUGCAACCGGGAUGUUAUCUGCCGUCGAAUCCGGAUUCAAUGGUCAUAGACAUCGAUUACAAAAGCGGUACGCCUAUGCAGAGUGCGGCCAAAGCCCCCUACUUGGCCAGGUUCAGGGUACGAAAAUACGGCAUAGCUGAGAUGGAAGCCGUAGCCAUGGCUAUAGCUUCUGGAGAAGAUCCACCAACUGAAGAGGGCAAGGACCGAUACAUAUCGAUGGCGGCGGAGACGUGGCAGGCGGCCAUCUUUAAAGUAGGCGACGACGUACGGCAGGACAUGCUGGCGCUGCAGGUGAUAUCGCUGUUCAAGAACAUCUUCCAGCAGGUCGGCCUCGACCUCUACCUGUUCCCGUACAAAGUCGUCGCCACUGCGCCUGGAUGUGGAGUAAUAGAAUGUGUUCCGAAUGCAAAAUCACGCGACCAAUUGGGCAGACAGACUGACAUCGGAAUGUACGAGUAUUUCAUCAAGAAGUAUGGCGAUGAGACGACUAGAGAAUUUCAGGCUGCGCGAAGGUGUUUCGUGACGUCAAUGGCGGCUUACAGCGUCGUUGGAUUCCUUCUGCAGAUAAAGGAUAGACACAACGGGAAUAUUAUGCUUGAUACAGACGGACACAUUAUACAUAUCGAUUUUGGUUUUAUGUUCGAGUCUUCCCCUGGUGGUAACUUGGGUUUUGAACCAGACAUCAAGUUGACUGACGAGAUGGUGAUGGUAAUGGGUGGUAAGAUGGAGGCGCCGCCUUUCCGCUGGUUCUGCGAGCUAUGUGUACAGGCCUUCUUAGCUGUUAGACCGUACCAAGAAGCAAUAAUUUCCAUGGUGUCGCUUAUGUUGGACACCGGCUUGCCGUGCUUCCGAGGUCAGACAAUACGUCUUCUUCGCUCUCGUUUCGCGCCCAACUCGACAGAGAAGGAAGCAGCCGCGUACAUGCUCUCAGUCAUACGGAACUCUUUCCUAAACUUUAGAACUAGGACUUACGAUAUGAUACAAUACUAUCAAAAUCAAAUACCAUAUUAA